GCCCAACCAAAGCCGCGCAUCGAAGAGCCCCUGGGUUGGAGAGGUCUGGGGGGCGAGUUCUCUUCGGCCACUCGGCCGCUGGGCUUGUGCCUUAUUUUUUCGGCUUGUUCCCUUUCUGCUGCUGUAGCCGUUGCCACUAUCAGUUGGGGGUCAGCUAGAACGAGGAGCCCCAGCUGUCAGCUUGGGCACAGCUGCCACCGCAACCCUUCCACUCCAGGGCAUGGUCGGGGUGAGAGUUGGGGGCAGCGCAGUCUGCGGGGACUGAAGGCUGGAGCGGCAGGUUGGGGACCCGGAGGCUUUGUACCGCUGGCGGCCGACGGAGGAGCUAGGAGCCGCCUUCUGCAUUGGCCCAGGAAACCCACCCUGCCCCACCACGCAGAGCCAGGAAGGAAAGAGAGCCUCAUGCCUAAGCCGCAGGGAGCACCAUGGAUCUGACAAACAUGGGCAUGAUCCAGUUGCAGAACCCCAGCCACCCCACGGGGCUCCUGUGCAAGGCCAACCAGAUGCGGCUGGCCGGGACGCUGUGUGAUGUGGUCAUCAUGGUGGACAGCCAGGAGUUCCAUGCCCACCGGACUGUGCUGGCCUGCACCAGCAAGAUGUUUGAGAUCCUCUUCCACCGCAACAGCCAGCACUAUACUCUGGACUUCCUCUCCCCAAAGACUUUCCAGCAGAUUCUGGAGUAUGCAUACACGGCCACACUGCAAGCCAAGGCGGAGGACCUGGAUGACCUGCUGUAUGCGGCUGAGAUCUUGGAGAUCGAGUACCUGGAAGAGCAGUGCCUGAAGAUCCUGGAGACUAUUCAGGCCACAGAUGACAAUGACACAGAGGCCACCAUGGCAGAUGGUGGGGCAGAGGAAGAAGAGGACCGCAAGGCUCGGUACCUCAAGAACAUCUUCAUCUCGAAGCAUUCCAGUGAGGAGAGUGGCUAUGCCAGUGUGGCUGCGCACAGCCUCCCUGGGCCCAUGGCGGACCAGAGCCCGUCAGUCUCCACCUCAUUUGGUCUUUCAGCCAUGAGUCCCACCAAGGCUGCAGUGGACAGUCUGAUGACCAUAGGACAGUCUCUCCUGCAGGGAACUCUUCAGUCGCCUGCGGGGCCUGAAGAGCCGACUCUGACUGGGGGUGGGCGGCACCCUGGUGUGGCUGAGGUGAAGACGGAGAUGAUGCAGGUGGAUGAGGUGCCCAGCCAGGAUAGCCCUGGGACAGCUGAGUCUAGCAUUUCAGGUGGGAUGGGGGACAAGGUUGAGGAAAGGGGCAAAGAGGGGCCUGGGACCCCGACUCGGAGCAGCGUCAUCACUAGUGCUAGGGAGCUGCACUAUGGGCGUGAGGAGAGUGCUGAGCAUCUGCCACCCCCAGCUGAGGCUGGUCAGGGUCCCCCGGGCCGACUGGAACACCCGGCGCCCACAGCUGAGAAACAUCUGGGCAUCUACUCUGUGCUGCCCAACCAUAAGGCUGACUCUGUGUUGAGCAUGCCGUCUUCAGUGUCCUCUGGCCUCCACAUGCAGCCUGCUCUGGCUGUCUCCAUGGACUUCAGCACCUAUGGGGGUCUGCUGCCACAGGGCUUCAUCCAGAGGGAGCUGUUCAACAAGUUGGGUGAGCUGGCUGUGGGCAUGAAGUCGGAGAGCCGGACCAUCGGGGAGCAGUGCAGUGUGUGUGGGGUGGAGCUUCCUGACAACGAGGCUGUGGAGCAACACAGGAAGCUGCACAGUGGAAUGAAGACGUACGGGUGUGAGCUCUGCGGAAAGCGGUUCCUGGAUAGUUUGCGACUGAGGAUGCACUUACUGGCUCAUUCAGCGGGUGCCAAAGCCUUUGUCUGUGACCAGUGCGGUGCCCAGUUUUCGAAGGAGGACGCCCUGGAGACGCACAGGCAGACCCACACUGGCACAGACAUGGCUGUCUUCUGUCUGCUGUGCGGGAAGCGUUUCCAGGCGCAGAGUGCGCUCCAGCAGCACAUGGAGGUCCACGCGGGUGUGCGAAGCUAUAUCUGCAGCGAGUGCAACCGCACCUUCCCCAGCCACACUGCCCUCAAGCGCCACCUGCGCUCACACACAGGCGACCACCCAUAUGAGUGUGAGUUCUGUGGCAGCUGCUUCCGGGAUGAGAGCACACUCAAGAGCCACAAACGCAUUCACACGGGCGAGAAACCCUACGAAUGCAAUGGCUGUGGCAAGAAGUUCAGCCUGAAGCACCAGCUGGAGACACACUAUAGGGUGCAUACAGGUGAGAAGCCCUUUGAGUGUAAGCUGUGCCACCAGCGGUCCCGGGACUACUCGGCCAUGAUCAAGCACCUGAGGACGCACAACGGCGCCUCACCCUACCAGUGCACCAUCUGCACAGAGUACUGCCCCAGCCUCUCCUCCAUGCAGAAGCACAUGAAAGGCCACAAGCCUGAGGAGAUCCCACCUGACUGGAGGAUAGAGAAGACUUACCUCUACCUGUGCUACGUGUGAAGCCAGGCCAGGCGGGGGCAGAGAAGUGGGAGUGAGAAGAGAAGAGUUAGAGCAGGAUGAAGUCAAGGAAGGAUUGUGCACAAAAACAGAACAAACAAAAAAACAACAAAAAAAACACAUACAUACAUAUGGAUAAGAGAAAAAGAAGAAAAGGGAAACCUGAUAGGUGUCUAGCCUUGGAUUCUCUGGGGCUCCAGGUGACUUGGAAACCUGGCCACAGCCCCUUUCAGGGGCCUCCAUCCUCCUCUUCUGGCUGGGAGGUGACCUGGUUUUCUUGAGUGGGGUGGAGGUGGUUUUGUUCAGCUCAGAUGGUGGUAUGUGUCUCUCUUCCCCCUACCCAGACCCUCUUUUUACAUCCAGAAAUGGAGGCUAGGGAGAAGGUAAAGGGUGUUCUGGUCAGAGCCAGACAGUUUCUGUCUGCCAUCCUCUGACUCUCAGAAGGAGGCUGGGGGUGGAAGCAGGGACCUGCAGAGGGCGGGGCCAGGCUCACAGAGUGGCAGCCCUCAUCGGCUGGGGGUGCAUUGGAGUGGGAAGGGCUCUUCCCUUCCCAUCACUCUGUUCACCUAUUGUGUCCCUCUGCUCUUCCCCAUCUGCGUGUCCCCUCAAGGUCUUCAGGAGCCUCAUGGCUCCAGCCUCUCCCCCAGCUCUUUGUCCCUGUCUCCCCUUGACCCCUGUCCUCCAAGUCCAGGGAGUGCCCAGCCCCCAUGGAUGAGGCAGGGUCUCCCUCCUCCUCCAGCUCCAUAGUCAGGAAGCUGUGUCUGACCCCAGAGUCCCACUCCCACCCUUAGCUUCUGAGAACACAGAACAGAUAGAAUAGCCCACCCUUGGAAAGCCCUGCUCUGAGCGAGAUUUUCUGCCAAGAUGCUUUUGCUUUCCACAUGGAAAAACCUAACUAAAUACAUGCGGUCCCACCACACAGGCAGACACGAAUCCCCAGCACCCUGAGCUCAGUCCCUAGGAGGAGGAAUCCAUGAAAGGGUUCGUUGUCCAAGUGGAGGAUGGGGAUGUCCUUCUCCAGAAGUGCCCUCCACCUGGAGAAGGGAACACCUGCCCAGGAGUCAGGGUCAAGGUACCGGCCAAGGGAGGGCUCUGCGGAGUCAUUCUGGGGACACUUAGAACCACCCAGACCUGGUGAGUGCAGUGGAAAACCCAGGUGGACAAGGUGGCCCAGAAUUCCCGGCUCAUAGUGCACUCCCCCCACUUCCACAGGGAGGAAGAAGAGGAAGAGUUGUUGAAAGCGCUUUGGCCUUGUGUUCUUUUCUGUGUCCUCAGUUCCCCUGUUAGCACAUUGUACUUGAAUUACCUCAGUUUUUUGUGACCUCAUGAGCUUUUGUAACCCCUUUAUCCCUUUUUUGGUUGGGGGUUGGAGGGAUGGGGAGGGUAUUCUUUUCUGUUACUUGUGUAAAUUAAUAGUUGGUUUAAUACCCAUCAGCUGGCCAAGACCCCCAUGCCGGAGCACUGGAAGGAGCUGUACUCAAGGAAGGAUCAAGGACCGAGUGCUCGGGAUGUGCAUGUGGGGCUGGGUCAGCAGCGGUUGGGGGAGGGGUGGUGUCCCGGGGGUCUCCGGAGUCCCUGUUGGCUCUGCCCAGGCAUGAACUCGUCGUGCCCAGCAUCAGUUCAGCCUGUGACACUCUGGACAAGACCCCCUUUCUGACAAUUUGCUGGGUCAUUCGGGUCUGGGGGCCUGUGUUGCUCACAUCCUUGUGCUUAUGUGGCCCUGCCUCUGUGUGCAUUAUCAUUACCAAAAUUGGUCUGUUUUCCUGGCUGCUGCACGCUGUUCCAGUCUUGGUUUUGUUGCGUUGGGGUGGGAGUGUUGUUUUUCUGAAAGCUACCUCUUACGUUUGUCCAGUUCUUUUGUCCCCCUUUCUGCCUCUGGCUCUGCUGCUCUGCUCCCCUUCUCCCCAGUCUCCCCACCCUGAUUUUGGGAAAGCACAUUUGCAUUAUUUGUGUUCACUGUGGGAGGGGCUGUCAUUUCAUCUCAUGCUUUAUUUGUAAAAGUUUUUUUUUCUUUCCUUUCUCUCUCUGAGAAAGUUGUGGCUGCGUUAUCUUAGGUUUUAAGAAAGUGGUUUAGGGAAGUGGUUUGGGGAGAAGGGUUGUGAGGAACAUAGGGAAGUCGGAGGGACGGGUGCUGCUGUGACCACCCCCCUCCCCCGUCCCUCAGCACCACCCGUCCUGCCUCCCCUGCAAUCUUGCCCACCAAAUCUGAAGGCCUUAAACAUUGUGUUGGGGGUGUAUUAACUGGGGGGGAACUGUGUCACUAGACUGUUGAUUGGGGAUGUUAAAGUAGGGAGGAUGCUAUUUUGCGAUUGUAAUAAUGACUUAGUGCUUUGGAAAGAAAAAACGGUUAAACUUGAAAUAUGUGACUAGAGCAGUUGUUGUGUCUAUAAUGUGAAAAGAGUGAAAUCUUUGGGGGAGGAGCCAUCUGUAAGAAAUCAUUAUGCACUAUUGCUUCCUCCCCCUACCUGGGAAGGAAGGAGGACUGCCUGGCCCUCAGGGGAUCUGUACAUCCCAGAAAACAGUACUUUAACAGCAAGAUGUCAUUCAGCUUUGGUGGGGAAGGGGAAAAAAAAUCAAACUAUUCCAUAGACCUAGCUGACACCUCGCCCUGUUCCCCGACCCUUCCCAUGCAGGCUGGGUCUCCUCCCCUGUUCAUAAAAGCUGAAAGGGUUGAGCUAAUCUAAAAAUUGUACUAUUUUUGUAACGUUUGUUAGUUCCUGUGUCAGUUCUGCAGGACCUUGCCCUUUCCUUUUGUAAUGUGAAUAGGAAAAAAAAAAAGA